UGCCGGCUGUACAUCUGCAUCCCGGCGAACAGCAGCAGCGACAGCAGCGACGAGAGCGCCAGCGACGUGCCCGUGCCUACGGCUUCACCUCCAUCAUGGACGCCCUCGUCCGCAUCAGCACCAGCAUGAAGAACAUGGAGCGGGAGCUGGUGUGCCCGGUGUGCAAGGAGAUGUACAAGCAGCCGCUGGCCCUGCCCUGCAUGCACAACGUCUGCCACGUCUGCGCCAGCGAGGUGCUGCUGCAGCACGGCUACCUCUGCUGCGACCCCACCUCCGAGCCCUCCUCGCCCGCCGCCACCCCGGCCACCCGCAGCCCGCGCCUGGGCCGCAGGGGGGUCCCCAAACCCGACCGCCUGGACCGGCUCCUGAAGUCAGGGUUCGGCACCUACCCGGGGCGGAAGCGGGGCACCGUGCACCCCCAGACCAUCAGCUUCCCCUGCCCGGCCUGCCAGCGGGACAUCGACCUGGGCGAGCGGGGCCUCGGCAGCCUCUUCCGCAACCUGACCCUGGAGCGCGUGGUGGAGCGCUACCGCCAGACCAUCAACAUCAGCGCCGCCAUCAUGUGCCAGUUCUGCAAGCCCCCGCAGCUGGAGGCCACCAAGGGCUGCACGGAGUGCAAGUCCAGCUUCUGCAACGAGUGCUUCAAGCUCUACCACCCCUGGGGCACCCAGAAGGCUCAGCAUGAGCCCACGCCGCCCACGCUCACCUUCCGCCCAAAGGGUCUGAUGUGCCCAGAGCACAAGGAGGAGGUGACUCACUACUGCAAGACCUGCCAGCGGCUGGUGUGCCAGCUCUGCCGCGUGCGACGCACUCACACCAGCCACAAGAUCACGCCGGUGCUCAGCGCCUACCAGGCUCUCAGGGAGAAGCUGACAAAGAGCCUUGCCUACAUCUUGAGCAGCCAGGACAUGGUGCAGACCCAGAUUGCCGAGCUGGAGGAGACGGUGAAGCACACGGAGGUGAACGGCUCGCAGGCCAAGGAGGAGGUGUCCCAGCUGAUCCAGGGGCUGUGCGCCAUGCUGGAGGAGAAGCGGGCGUCCCUGCUGCAGGCCAUCGAGGAGUGCCAGCAGGAGCGGCUGGCCAGCCUGCACUACCAGAUCCAAGAGCACCAGGCCAUGCUGGAGAACUCGGGCAUGGUGGGCUACGCCCAGGAGGUGCUGAAGGAGACCGACCACCCCUGCUUUGUCCAGGCUGCCAAGCAGCUGCACAACAGGAUCCUCAGGGCCACCGACUCGCUGCAGAGCUUCCGGCCCGCAGCCACGGCCUCCUUCAGCCACUUCCAGCUGGAUGUCAGCAGGGAGCUGAAGCUGCUCACAGACCUGGCCUUCAUCAAAGUGCCCGAGGCCCCCGUCAUCGACACGCAGCGCACCUACGCCUACGACCAGAUCUUCCUGUGCUGGCGGCUGCCGCAGCACUCGCCCCCCGCCUGGCACUACACCGUGGAGUACCGCAAGACGGACACCAAGGCCAAAGGGCUCAAGCUGUGGCAGCGGCAGGAGGAGGUGCGCGGCACCAGCGCCCUCGUCGAGUACCUGGACACCGACAGCGUCUACGUGCUCCGGGUGAAGGGCUGCAACAAGGCGGGCUUCGGGGAGUACAGCGAGGACAUCUACCUGCACACGCCGCCCGCCCCAGUCCUCAACUUCUUCCUGGACAACCGCUGGGGCUUCAACCGGGACCGGCUGGCUAUCAGCAAGGACCAGCGCGCCGUGCGCAGCGUCCCCGGCAUCCCCAUGCUCUUCGCGGCGGAGCGGCUGAUGACCAGCUGCCACCUCUCCAUCGACCUGGUCAUCGGCGACGUGGCCGUCACGCAGGGCAAGAGCUACUGGGCCUGCUGCGUGGAUCCCAGCUCCUACCUGGUCAAGGUGGGCGUGGGGCUGGAGAGCAAACUGCAGGAGUGGUUCCAGGUGCCUCAGGACGUGGUGAGCCCCAGGUACGACCCUGACAGCGGCCACGACAGCGGGGCAGAGGACACGACGGUGGACGCGCCCCCACCCUACGCCUUCCUCACCAUCGGCAUGGGCAAGAUCUUGCUCUCGCAUGGCUCGGCACUCACUUCUCGUGACCCCAACGGCUGCACCGUGCCCUUGCCACCGCGCAUCGGCAUCUGCCUGGACUACGAGCAGGGCAAGGUGAGCUUCUACGACGCCGUGUCCUUCCGUGAGCUCUGGGAGUGUGGCGUGGACUGCUCGGGGCCUGUCUGCCCCGCCUUCUGCUUCAUUGGAGGGGGUGCCCUGCAUCUCCAGGAGCUGGUGGCCAACAAGCAGGAGCGCAAAGUGACCAUCGGGGGCUUCGCCAAGCUGGACUGAGCUGCGCGCGCGCUCUCUGCACGCACAUCUGGUGUGACCCCUUCUUGUCAAGCGAGCUUCAGGGCCUGGAGGGGACGCGACCAUGCAGGGAGCGCAGCUCAGCAGGGGCAGCCCCAGCCCUGCCCGGGGCUUGGAGCAGGCCAGGUGUUUGUUUCGUGGGACUGGGGGGGGACGGGGACAGCUCCGCCGUCCCCUCCCUUCCCCAUCCACCUGCCCCUUUCACCAGCUCGGCUCUGUGGCGCAGACCUGGGGCUGCAGGCAGAGGAUGGCAGCAGGUCCUGGCAGAGGGUCAGCCCUAGAGGUGGAGCAGGGAGGGGGACGCCAGGGGGAUGCAGGGCUGCACGGGGAGGGGGGAGGCAGGAGCUGGUUGGGGUGACGGUGGGGGGAGCGGCUGGGCAGUGGCUGGGGCGGGGGAGGCAGACGGGCUGGGGGAGAGAGGGAGGGGGGAGGCUGGGCUGGAACAAGGUACGAAGACUUUUUUGUAAAAAUGGCUCAUUUUUGACGCGGCUCACCCGGCUGCAGCAUCGCGGCCAGGCACAGCCGCCGCUGGGUCCUGUGGGGCUGUGGGACCUCGGUGUCCCCCACCCUCCUGAGGGGCUGCGGAGCACUGCCGGGUUCUCUGCUCCGUCCCCGCUGCGUGGGGCCAGCCCAGCGCGGCACCCACCCCCGGGACCCGCUCAGUGCCCCCGUUACACCGCUCAGUGCCAAACAGCCCCUGCCAGCCGGGGCUUGCGGGGUUGGGAUCCGACGUGGCCAGGAGCCAUGGGGCGCUGCCCCCCGCUGCAGGGGCCUUGGGGCUGCGGUCCCACGCUGGGAGCCGUCCGAGCUGCUGUAGUUUCUCAUGGGUUCUGUUACAAUUGCUGUCUUUUCAUGGUUUCCUACAAUAAACUGCAGUGCCAGA